UUUUCCACUAUAGCUAUCAUGUCUCAAACUAAAUUAUAAGAUAUAACAAAUAGAUGUAGCACCUAACAGAAACUCACUUUUUUCUUUAGUAAAAUAAGUCUAUAUUUCAUAAAAAGUCAAUUAAAUGACAAAACACAAAUAAAGUCAUUAGAAUCUUCAAUUAUUAAAAUGCAAUUUAACCAUAGAAUAAUAAAAGGAACUCAAUAGAGUUUAAAAUUAAUGUUAUAUUUAAUUAAAUUAUUAAAAUACAUCAAUCAUGCAUUAGGUGAACCUUGCCUCUCUUGAACUAAGCAAACUGUAUGCAGUUGGUUCAACUAACAUAACUAACUCCAACUGAAAAAUAACUGAAUUAGUUAACAUGUGUAACUACUUAAUAAAUCUAACUAACAUAACUUAAGUCUAUGCAUUGCAUAUAAAUUGUCUCACACUUCCUAUUCUUUAUCAUCUUCUACACUCAAUCUUUCUAAUCUCUUUCCCUCCCUAAUUAACAAUGUCACAAGCAAGCCUUCUCCUCCAAAAGCAACUCAAAGAUCUGUGUAAAGCUCCUCUAGAUGGCUUCUCAGCAGGUUUGGUUGAUGAGAGCAAUGUGUUUGAAUGGAAUGUCACCAUCAUUGGUCCACCUUAUUCUCUCUAUGAUGGAGGUUUUUUCAAUGCAAUCAUGAGUUUUCCUCCUGAUUAUCCUCAGAAUCCACCAAAAAUGAAGUUUACUUCAGAGAUUUGGCAUCCUAAUGUUUACUCUGAUGGAACUGUCUGCAUUUCAAUUCUUCACCCUCCUGGUGAUGAUCCAGUUGGUUAUGAAGAUUCCGGCGAGCGCUGGUUGCCUAUUCAUACGGUUGAAAGUAUAGUUUGGAGUAUAAUAUCAAUGCUUUCAAGCCCCAAUACGGAGUCUCCUGCUAAUGUAGACGCUGCGAUAGAAUGGAGAGAUAAGAGAGAUGAAUUCAGAAAGAAAGUGACUCGCUGUGUAAGAAAGUCUCAAGAAAUGUAAUGAAUUACAUGAAGAGUUUGUUUGAAUUUCCUAUUUGUUACAGUUGUAGUAAUAUACUUCAAAAUGUUGUUGAACUUGUUUAAGUUUGAUGGUUUAAAUAUUUAGUUG